AUGGCGACCCCGCUCCCGGACGCGGCGCCUCGCGCGGACCCGCUGCUCGCGUUCCAGACGGACGAGCGGCUCGCGCCGUUCCUCCGCCCGGACUUCGACGGCAUCGCGUACGCGUCCGACGUCCUCGCGAAGGGCGCGUUCGAGGAGACGAACGCGGACCUCUCGCGCGGGAUCGCCGCGCUCGACGCCGCGCUCGAGGACGAAGUGCACGCCCACUACGACGAGCUCAUGGGGUCGCUGGAGGGGAUCGCGGAGACGGAGAAGGUCCUCGACGUCGUCCGCGGCGGCGUCCACGCGCUGCGAGACGCGGUGGCGCGCGUGCGCGGCGAGAUCGCGGACCCGCACGAUAUCGUCACGAAGAAGACGACGACGCUCGAGAACGCGACGAGCGCCGCGGACGCGCUGCACCGCGCGGCGCGCGCGCUCAAGCUCGUGAACCGUCUCAAGGCGUGCGUUACCUGGAAGGUCAGCGGGGCGACUCGAACCGUCGCGACGACCGAGGGAUCUGAACCGUCGGAGAAGGACGCGCCCGUGAACGCGGGCGACCUCGCCAAGGCGGCGAAGCUCUUGUCCGACGCGGAGGACGUCAUCGGCCGGGCGCGCUCGGCGGGCGGGGGCGGCGACGGUUCGGAUCCCGCCGGCACCACUUCGGCGGGACCCGAAACGCCGCGCGGCGGGGGAUCGGGAUCGGCGUCGACGACCGCGGCGACGGAGGUGUCGCUCGUCGGCCUCGACGUCCUCGACCGCGACGCCGGGUGGCUCAGAGAGGUUCGCGCCGACGUCCGCGCGCGCGCGGCGGCGGCGCUUCGACGCGGCGUCGACGCGACGUCGCAGGCCGAAGUCGGCGCGGCGCUGCAGGUGAUGUACAACCUGGACGAGCUCAAGGAGGCGACGGACGCGGAGGUGUCGCUGCUCGUGAUGCGCGCCGUGGACGCGGUGAAGGACGCGUUGGACCCGAGGCGCGUUCUGAUUCGCACUGGUUCCCAUACGACCGCGUUCGCGCGUUGCGCGCCAGCGCUCGCGCGGAAGAUGGGCGGCGGCGGCGGCGACCGCCGCGGCGGCAGAGGCGUGCACCCCCCCGCCGGUCACGAGCACCGCUGGACGGAGGCGUUCUGGCAGCGACUCGCGGACGCGUUUCUCGAGCGCGCGCACGAGUGCGGGAUGGCCGCGUGGCACGUGCAGCGCGUCGUGGCGAAGAAGCGGGACCCGAUGACGCACGCGUUGUUUCUCGACGAGAUCGGCGCGCCGACGCCGUGCGAGGCGUUCGUCGCGGCGUUCGCGAAGGGCGCGGGGGAGGCGAUUCAGAGGAGUUUCGCGACCGUGGGGUUCGCGAAGGACGCGCUGUUGAGCGGGUAUCCGCGGUUGAUGGACCUGCUCGACGCGCUUCACGACGGGUUGCUGAAGGAGACGGAUCACAGAACAGGCGGCGGCGGCGGCGGCGGCGGCUCGACGGGUUCGACGAUCAGCGGCGUCCCCCCCGCGACGCGCCGCGACGGCUCCGACAGAGAGACGUUCGCGCGAGCCGGCGACGCGGUCGCGGCCGCGUACGUCGCCAGGGUGUUCCAGCGCCUGUCCGAGCCCGUGAACGCGCUGCUCUCGCCUUCGACGUUGCAGUCGCUGCACGGCAUCGUGCGCGGCGACUUCGCCGGCGCGGGCGCGACGGCGGGGACAUCGCGCGCGUCCGAGGACGUCCGGCGGUUUAUGCUUCGCAUCCGUCAAGAGAUCGACGCCGUCGGCGGCGGCGCGCGGCCGGCGUUGCUGGACAAGGUGGUUCAAUGCGUCGGCAAGGCGUUGAAGCUCAUGGCGACGAAAGCCGAGCUCGCCGUCGUCGCCGCCGCGGACGCGCGGUCCUUUUCGUCGGACGCGCCGGCGACGGCGUCGCAAAAGACAAACGCGGCCAUCGCGUCCACGCUCGAGGACGUCCACGACGCGCUCGCGGGGCUCGUCCCGAUGUUGCCCACGGCCGCGAGUCGACGCGCGUUAUCGGACGCGCUCGAGGAGGUGGCGCGCUGCGCGAUCGAGGCGACCGCGCCGGUGAUGCGAGCGGCGACGGCGCGGUGCGAAGACGCGAUCGCGCGGCUUCACGACGAAGAUUGGGCUGGGGGGGCGCCACCGGGGGAAGCGUGCUCGACGUACAUGCGCGAGCUGUGCGACCUUCUCGCGCACUUGCGGCGGGAGCACCUGAAGGGGGGUUUAGGCACCGCGAAGGGCAAAUCCGUCGGUUGCGCGGCGGCGGUGGGUGGGGCGAAUCCGUGCGGUGACCCCGAUCGUCGUCCGUCGCCGUCGACGGUUUCGGCGACGGCGCUCGCGACGCGGUGCCUCGAUUUCUUUCUCCGGCACGCGUCUCUCGUCCGAGCGAUCGGCGAGAACGGCAAGCUGCGCCUCACGAAAGACCUUGCGGAGCUCGAGCACGCGGUGAGCGCGCACCUGUGCCCCGCGGAGGCUGCGGGCGCGUCGUACAAAGCGCUGCGCGCGUUCAAGCCGCUGCUGUUUUCCACCCCGACGCGCGCCGUCGAAAACGUCGAAAUCGUCGAAAACGUCCCGCCCGCGCCGCUGCUCCUGCACCUCUACUCGCACGCGCCGCGGAUGUUACAGGCGCCGUACGAGCGCGCGGGGCUCGCGCCGGCGCAGUACAGCGUCUGGAUGGACGCGCAUUGCGACGGCGACGUGUGGGCGGGGGUGAAGGGGACGCUCGACGCGUACGAGUCGAGAAGCCGCGGCGGCGGCGGCGACGCGGAGGAGGUGAUUCGCGCGAUGCGCGUCGUCGGCGCCGCGAUCGAGCGCGGGGGGCGGCGACGAUGAUUAAUUAGAUGACGAGUCGGCGGGCGGGCGGGCGGCGAGAGAGCGUCCUUCCUUCCUUUCCUUCGCGCUGUUGGGUCGUAUGAUAGAUCGUCGCCGUCGACGGGAUUAUUAAUUAAUUA